UUCUGUGGUGUACGAACCUCCUCUCCAAGGAAAGAAAAUGCAGAGAAGACUCACCACUCAGCAAGCCUUGGAAAUGAUCCUCAGUGAAGUCAACCCUUGUGACUCGGAUGGAGAAGACCUAGAACUUCAGCCGGAUUCGGACUCAGAGCUGUCUGAUCAGUCUUCAGAUGAGGAGACUGCUUCUCAACCUAAAAAGAGAGCUUGUUUGGGGACUGAGACAGCGAAAGAUGGCACAUUGUGGCGUGAAGAGCAGGUGGGGACCUGUCUCCCUUUCACCCCAAUAGAGGCGUACGCUGCAGAUGGAGAGCCAACGGCUAAGGCCAGGAAAAGUAUCUUGAGUCGCCUUCAGAGCUUCCUGUGUUUCAUCACUCUUGACAUGCUUCAUAGCAUUCAAGAAUGGACUAUUCAACAUGCAGAGCAAACGGAGGAUGUUCAUUGGUUCAUGGACCUCCCUGAACUAAUGGCAUUUAUUUCAAUUGUCAUCUUGCGGGGGGUUACUAGGGUUCCAUCACUACGUGACUGCUGGUCAGCAAACCUGGGAAACCCGCAGAUCAUUGGAACUAUGCCGCGUAACCGCUUCCAAGACAUCAUGCAACACCUAUGCUUUGAUGACAGGUCCACCCGCAGUGAUCAAGCAAAGACUGAUAAGUUCGCUGCAAUUUCCAGUGUGUGGGGAUCAUUUGUCACCAACUGCAUCACGUGCUACAACCCUGGUCUACAUAUCACCGUUGAUGAACAGCUCUUCCCAUCAAAGACUCGGUGCUGUUUCCUGCAGUAUAUUGCAAGUAAACCUGACAAGUUUGGGAUCAAGUUUUGGGUGGCCUGCGACCUAAAAUCCAAGUACAUUUGCAAUGUCCUCCCAUAUCUUGGCAAGGACCCCAAUCGUCCCAGUGGGGAGAGACUGUCUGAAAAUGUAGUGAUGAGGCUGAUGGAACCAUUCCUAGACAAGGGCAGAAAUGUUACCACGGACAAUUUCUUCACAUCGCUUUCACUUGCACAAAAACUUCUUAGACGGAAAACCACCAUCCUCGGCACAGUCAACAAGAUUCGCCGGGAAAUUCCUCAAUCCGCUAGAUACAAAGAUCGCAAUGAAUUCACCACUCAGGUGUUUUCAACCUCUGCUGCCACGCUGACGGCGUAUGCGGCCAAACGGAAGAAGACAGUCUAUAUUCUUAGCAGCAUGCACAGCGUGGUUCAGACUGAUAACACCACCAAAAGGAAGCCAAACACUGUCACCCUUUACAACACCACAAAGUGUGGCGUGGAUGUGAUGGACCAGAUGGUGCGGGAGUACACGGUCCGCAGAGGAACACGGCGCUGGCCAGUUGCCGUGUUCUAUAACAUGAUUGACAUGGCAGCACUGAAUGCACAUGUGCUGUAUCAAGCAUGCACCGGGACGCAGGAAAGACGGGUGGACUUCCUGGUGGAGCUUGCAAGAGAGUUGGCUAACUCUCAUAUGGCUGGGAAGAAGAACACUGAAGACGAGAAAAGAGAGGUGGAGGAUGAAGAAAAGAGGCGGAGAUGA